CAAAUCUUCUUUUCCCAGAAUCCUCUCCGACUCCUCUUAAGCCUGCCAGGGCUAACGGGGAUAUCGAUGCUAAUUUUGACAACGUGCAUGGGUGUGAUGUCUUCCCGGCCGAUCCGCCGCCGACUGUACAACGUCUUUUGGUACACUCACCAGUUGUAUUUGCCGUUUAUGGUGUUACUAAUAGUUCAUCCAUUGAGCGGAGUUUUAAAGGAGGAGGCUUUGAAACCAAAUGGAAUAUAUUCUAGUCAAGUCCAUUCGAGUAGCAACUUUACCAAAGCGCCUACGUUCGUACCUAUUAAGUCUAAGACAUGGUUGUGGAUGGCAAUGCCUCUCAGUUGUUUCUUCCUCGAUCUCAUUUGGCGAAUACUGUCUCGGAACCGGGCUAGAGUGGAUGUUAUACAGAUAACUCGUAUGUCUGGUCGAACAAUCAGCUUGACCCUGAGCUGUCCUGACGAAGAGUUUCAAUGUCGUCCAGGGCAGUACGUGCUGUUGCAAUGUCCAUAUAUAUCUCUAUUGGAGUGGCAUCCUUUCACAGCUGUUGUGAUACCCACAUCCAAUCGAAGAAAUUUUACGCUUUGGAUAAGAGUCAAAGGUGACUGGACUGAAUCUUUAGAGAAUUUACUUUUCUUGAAACGGCCGGAUGAAGUUAGCAUGUUGGUAGAUGGACCAUUUGCCAGUCCGAUGCAGAAUGCCCGUCGCUGUCGUGUAGCCCUCUGUGUGGCAGCUGGAGUCGGUAUCACACCUUUUGUGGCAAUGCUGCGUGAUAUGUUACGCAAUCCAAGAGGCAAAUACCCAGGUCGUCUCCAUCUAAUUUGGAUAGUCAGACACGAAAGAGAGCUUACUUGGCUGGCGAAAUUAGCUAACAGUUGUUUACUUCAUCUAAGAAAUGCGAAUCGACCAGAUAGAUUGCAUUUGGAACUAUACAUUACGAAUACGAUAGCAAACACACAUACAAUAGUAAAUGAAAAGGGUGUUACAAGUCUAGCGAGCAAAGAUGAAGAAAAAGCUACUCUCUUGACUCCCUGUAUUAAGAGGAAGACUGAAAAAAGAAUAGAUAAGCAUGACUAUUAUAGAAUAGCAAAGGAAUAUCCAAUUUUAGGAUGUCGGGUAAAAAGUGGAAGGCCAUAUUGGGAUCGCGUUUUUGGAUAUUGGGCGCACUUGUAUCCAGAAGAGCAUCUCAAAUUAUUUUGCUGUGGACCAAAGAAAUUAGUGAAAUUACUUAGAAGUAAAUGCAAAAAUAUCUCAAGAACCACAAAGACCAAGUUAACAUUAGUUCAUGAAGCUUUCUCGUAAAAUGCAACCCUUAAUAGAACAUAGUCUGUAACUGCAUGUAUAAUUUAUAAACACGAACGUGAUAGUU